AUGGAGGAGGAGCUGCUGCUCCCGGCGGGGACUCCCCAGCAGGCCACUGGGGGAAGCCCCACGACCCAGACAGCAGGUGGAGAGCAGCAGCAGGCCGGAGAUCGACUUCAGCGAGAAACUGAAGGCAAGGCGAGGCCCGAAGAGAAGGAUGCCGAGCCUGUAGAAGCAGAGACGUCGGGGGUGGGGGACCUGCCCUGGGCGCCGCCCGAGGCCCAAGCGCCCGGCACCGCAGGAGCUGGAGACGUGGCUGAGCACCAGGUGGCGCCGGCGCGGUUCCUCCAGGGCGCCUGCAGGCAGGCGGCGGGGUGGCUGUGCCGGGAGCCUGGAGCCGCUCCUGGCUCCGCGCAGGCAGGGUCCCCAGAGACAGCUCAUGCAGCAGAUCCGCAGCCCCUGGGCCCUCAGGCAUCGCCGCGGCUGCCGCCCUCGCUCAGCCCCGAGCGCGUCCGCCCUGGCCGGCCAGCUGCCCCCGCUGAACCUGCGCCGGGCGCUCCGGCUCUCCGCCGGGGCCCCAGCCAACCCCGCGGGCUCAGGCUCCCGGUUCCUGUCCCAGCCUGCGCCCGCUCCAGCGCCCCCGGCUCCCCAGCUGCUCUUCCCGACUCCUAUCCUUGGCUGCCCCCAGCGCGGAACCGACCCGCGACCCUGCCUCCAACAUCGCGGGUCUCGCGUCUCGCAGCCUUUUUGGCGUCCGCGCCUCAGCGCUGAAGCCAGGGCCCCUCGUGAGCUCCGCGCCCAGCCUGCCAAGUCCUCUUCUGCCUCAGCUCUCCCAGCAGUGUCUUCCCCGCCCGCUGGUCGGUAUCGCGCCACAGCCAAUGUCUCCUGUUGCUGUCCGCCCCCGCGAAGCGCUGCAAGGGCCAGCGCCCAACCUGUGGCUGCGGAAGACUCGGGCACAGAACCUGCCCUGGUGCUGGGCAAGCGCUUCUGCCCCAAGUCCCCGACCUGGGCAACCUGGAGGAGCCCAGGGAAUAGGGCUCAAGAC